GUGACGUUCCUCCCUCACUUCUCCAUCCAUUCGUAUAUAAAAGCGUAAAGCGCACGUUGGUACGCGCUCUGUGGUGGGGUUACGGCGGGUCCUUGCCCGGUGGUGGAUUCAACGAGGGUGAGUGUAGUCGCCGGUGAUAUUUCAGUGCGCGACUCGCUAUCAGAGGGCGCGUUUAGGUCGAGCUCCCAGCGGAGGCCGACAUCGGCACGCGAAGCCUGAGGAGUACUUAGUCCUACUCUGGGUUUUUUUGGGGUUCAUUGGGAUUGGAGUGCGGAGUUGGAGAGAGCUGCGGUGAAGGACAGGCGCUCUACUAAGGGAGAACUUUCGAGGAUGCGUUGAAUUAAAAUAGAUACUGGACUAGAGUAGAAUGGAUCUGACAUCGCUUUUGCUGCUACUCACUGCCUGUAGCUGCAUCGGUGUCCUAGGCCAGCAGGGACCAGUCUUUGUGCUGGAACCUCCCAGUACUCUGGUCUUUUCGAACACAACGGGCUCACAAUUGAGUUGUUCAGCCCAUGGCAGCCCAACUCCCCACGUCACGUGGAUCACGAGUCCAGAUCAACGCUCGGUCACUGCAGUUCCAGGGCUCAGGCAACUACUGGGUAAUGGAACUCUUUAUUUUCCACCAUUUCUCGCUCAAGACUUUCGGGCUGAAGUGCACAAUGCCCGAUACAGAUGCCGAGCAACGAGCUCCGUGGGGACUGUACUUUCCAGAGAAGUUACACUUCGUGCUGUGCUGACUGUACCGGCGUAUGAUGUGAGAGUUAACAGAUCACCGGUUCUGGAGGGCUGCAAUGCCGUUCUGUCUUGCACAGCGAGGGAAGAUGUUAAAGAGCAUCUGACUGUUACUUCUUGGUACCGGGAUGAUGCCAUUCUACUGCCAGGGAGUAUUGACACAGGUGGGAGAUUCGUUGUGACGUCGCAAGGAGAUCUUCACAUUCGUAAUACCAAAGCUGAGGAUGGCAGAGCCAGUUAUCACUGCUUGACACUGCACACUUUGACGGGUGAACGAAGAAAGAGUGAACAUGUCACGCUGACUGUAACAGAACCCACUGUGGCGAUGCCCCCGAGACUGAUGCAACGCUCUCAAAUCGCGAUAUCUGCUGAAAGAGGUUCUGAUGUGCACCUUACGUGCUCAACACAGGGAAGUCCUCCCCCACAAUUCACUUGGUACAGAGACAUCAACGGUCACUCAAUUUCCGUUGAAGCAUCCAACAAGAUCCAAUUCUGGGGCGACCUCAUGCAAAUAAAACGAGUCGACGGGCAAGAUGCUGGACGAUACGUGUGUCACGCAACGAAUCAGUACGGAGAAGAGAGAGCGGAAACCCAUCUCUCAGUCACCUCAAAGCUAAAUGCCCGAAUCCAGCCAAGAAUUCAAGUUGUAAAUUCCGGUGAAUCAGCAACAAUGAAUUGUACGGUUGAGGGUUAUCCAAUUGAGAGUGUCGAGUGGUUGCACGAUGGAAUUCCAGUUUUAACAGCUCAAGACACCAGAAUUCGAUUACCUGUACCCCUUGUACUAGUUGUCGGUUCAGUUGGUAGAAGGGACAAGGGAAUGUACCAGUGUUUAGUCAGAAGUGACAAAGAAAAUGCCCAAGCAACGGCUGAACUUAAAUUAGGUGAUACUGUACCAGAGUUACAGUACACAUUCAUUGAACAGGCCCUCAGGCCUGGGCCACCGGUUUCCUUAAGAUGUUCAGCAACCGGCUCACCACCACCAUCAUUCACGUGGUUAUUGGACGGAGAGCCCUUGAGCGAACUUGCUCAUGGUCACAGAUAUGCAAUAGGUCAAUAUGUCGAUCAAUCAGGUGACGUAAUAAGCCACUUGAAUAUCACAUCAGCUGGUGCAGAGGAUGGAGGUCUCUACGCUUGUGUGGCUCGAAACACCCUAGCGACAGUUGACCACAAAGCUCGUUUGAAUAUUUAUGGACCUCCCUACAUCCGGUCGAUUGGCCCUGUUCGUGCGAUUGCGGGGGUAGAUACCACCAUCGCAUGUCCCUACUCUGGUUACCCAAUAACAUCAGUGGAAUGGUCAAGAGGUGGUGUCGAGCUACCAUUAGACAUGCGUCAUCGUGUUGAUAACGAGGGUUAUCUAACAAUCGCCACUGUCGAUCCAGAUGAUGCAGGAACCUACACGUGCACUGUACGAGCCAGCACUGGAGAAACUGCUAGUCGAGAUAUAAAACUCACCGUCAGCAGUCCACCAGUGAUGAGCCCUUUUGGGUUCCCUGCCAACUUACAGGAGGGCAGCAGAGCCCAGGUGACGUGUAGCGUCACUUCUGGAGAUUUGCCUAUUUAUUUUUCAUGGCUCAAGGAUGGGGAGCCUCUACCCUCGUCGCUCCGGAUCGAAGAGCGUGGAGCUGAAUUUUUUAGCCUCCUCGUAUUUAAAGAACUCACUGCCCGUCACAGUGGCAAAUACACAUGUGCAGCUACCAAUAGUGCAGCCAAAGUCAAUCAUACUGCCGAACUUUUAGUAAAAGUUCCACCGCAAUGGACAUUCGAGCCCCAGGAUGUCGCAGGCCUCCUUGGCAGUCCACUCAAUGGCCACUGUGGUGCCAAAGGUUGUCCACCACCAAAAAUAACAUGGCUAAGGGGAAGAGGUAGAACAUCUAAUGAUUAUCAACAGCUGGAUGAGACUUUGGACAGUAGGAUCACGAUUCUACCAAAUGGCUCCCUGUGGAUUGCAUCAGCAGCACCACAGGACGAAGGGCAUUAUCUCUGCCGAGCCAAUAAUGGGAUUGGAGCUGGACUCAGUAAAAUCAUUUACGUUUCUGUCAAUGAGCCCGCACGUUUCGAGUCUCAAAGCAAGAAUGUCACGAUAAGACGUGGAGAUUCAGUGACACUCGACUGCACUGUAAUUGGUGAUAAUCCAAUUGAAGUGAAGUGGAUGCACAACAACGACUAUUUGGACAUUAAUAGCCAUCGACUGAGUAUAGCACAAGUGAAGACUGACACUGGACUAAAAUCCCAAUUGUCUAUAGCCAGUAGUGAUAGACAAGAUUCCGGAACAUACCGAUGCACUGCUGAUAAUGCUUAUGGACGUAGUGAGCAUCUGGUUUAUCUUGCUGUACAGGAACGUCCUGACCCACCAACUGCUCUCGAGGUAAUUGAAAUCGGUUCAAGAUCAAUACGUUUGUCAUGGAAGCGGUCUUUCGAUGGCAAUAGUCCAAUUCGAAACUACAUUAUUCAAUACCGCACCCUGGGACACGGUCUGAGCGAUGAGUGGGAACCAUCCAAGACUCAUAACGUGACCUUUACACCAGCAAGCCUAAAUGUAGCCUCGACGAACCUCGGGCAGAAUGGAUUAUCCAGAUAUGAGACGACGAGCGAUGAUCAGGAAAUUGCACUUGUCGGAGGACUUCAUCCAGCAGUAACAUAUACGUUUCGAAUAUUCGCGAUAAAUUCAAUAGACAUUAGUGAACCAACUGAUCCUGUGGUAGCUAAAACUCAGGAAGAGGCACCUACAGAGCCUCCGCAGAAUGUCAAAGUUCAAUCUGCUGGUCCUGGGGAAUUGAUCGUUCAUUGGCAGGCACCACCCAAGGAAUCGUGCAAUGGAGAUCUUCUUGGAUAUAUUGUCACGUGGUCCGAACACUCGUCAUCGACAUCUGGAGUUAAUCAGAGCAAGAGCUUAACUGUGAACGGAUGGGCUACAACGAAAGUGCAGUUAACGGGGUUGAGAAAAUUCACGAAGUACGAUAUUUCGAUUAGGGCGUUUAACAGCAUUGCUAGUGGGCCUGGAAGUCCUUCCAUCGUUGGAACUACUCAAGAAGGAGUCCCAGAAGCACCUCCAACUCAGGUCACCUGUUCUCCACUGUCGUCACAAAGUGUCAAAGUCUCUUGGAGUGCUCCACCUGCCCAUCAACAUGGGGGCAUCAUUCAAGGAUACAAAGUGUAUUAUAGGCCUGUACCAACGGAUAAUAUGGAAAUAUCGACUGUCGGGGAAGUUAAGAGGACAUCCAGUGAGGAGACUUAUCUCCAUACAUUGUACAAGUACACAAAUUAUUCGAUAAGAGUUUUGGCUUAUACAGGAGCAGGGGAUGGCGUUCUCAGUCUUGCAAUUUACUGUACCACCGAAGAAGAUGUUCCGGGACCUCCCGCUGGUAUCAAAGCUCUCGCCUUAACAGCAGAGAGUAUCCUGGUGUCUUGGUUACCGCCUCUACAGCCUAACGGAAAGGUCUCACAGUAUACAGUAUACAGCAAAGAAGCUGGAGCAAGUAGACACAAUACUCAUACGAUGCAUGAACCACCAACAUCACCGACUGAUACCCUUACCAUGGAACUUCGAGGAUUAACUGAGAGCCAACUCUACGAAUUCUGGGUGUCAGCAAUGACUGGCCUAGGAGAAGGUGAAUCAACAACAAUUGUAACCCAAACAACAAACACCAGAGCACCAGCUCGAGUUGCAUCUUUUUCUCAAAUUCUUCGUCGCGCUGUAAAAUCCUCGGUAUCUCUUUCCUGUCUCGUGGUGGGUAAUCCAACGCCUCGUCCUGUAUGGACCCACCGGAAUACCCAGGUAUCGACGGGACGUCUAUAUGAAAUAACCUCCGAGGGUCAUCUGAACAUUCAUGGAAUCGAACACUCUGUUUCCGGAAAUUACACGUGCUCAGCUUCAAAUCUUUUUGGGGAUGAUUCAAUCACAUACACUCUCGUUGUUGUUAUGCCUCCAAAAGCACCAGUUCUGGAGCUCCAAUACACAACUACUCACAGUGUUAAACUUAGGUGGAAUCAUCCGGAGAAUGGAGGGGCAACGAUUCAGGGAUAUGUUCUGAGCUACAAACGUGAUCCUGGUAAUUGGGAAGAGAUUAUGCUAUCUCCAGAGCAGACAGAGUUCACAUUGAGUGGAUUAAAAUGUGGAUCAUCCUAUUUGGGGCAUCUCACUGCUCACAAUAGAGUUGGCACUGGUGAUCCUAGUCCAACGAUCAGUACAACUACUAAAGGAUCAGCACCGAAACUCCCUAAGGAACGAGAAAUCAUCACAGCUAAUGCCACGUCUUUUCGGUUGAAUUUAUUGCAGUGGCCCAAUGGCGGGUGUCCUAUUCAUUAUUACACCGUGGAAUAUCGAAGACGAAUGAACAGCGAACCCUGGAUCCUUGUCGCCAGCAAAGCAACCGAAAAUUUGAUAAUAAGAGAUCUGAAACCGGCUGCCUGGUACACAUUACGAUUAACUGCUCACAAUGACGCUGGAAAGACCCAAACGCAGAUAGAAUUCGCCACGACAACAUUGAGUGGAAUUAGUAUUUCUCCACCGAAUGAUUUGAUUAUGGAUGAUGAAUUGGAUAGAGCACCGCAAAAUCACAAAGUGCUGUACGUGGCAGUUUUAGUUCUCUGUGCUGUUGUGCUGAUUUUAUCGGCUGUUACACUUGGAUAUGUCAUGCUGAAACGGACAGGCAGAUCAAGCUAUCUGGGAGACAUAUUGCCUGGUCAGCAAGGGCCACCGGGUGGUUUGGGAAUUGGCCAGCAACAACAUCAAAAUCAUCAUAUGAGCAGUUGCAUGUCUACGGUACAAUUGAAGACUGCGGAGCGGGAUAACCGGAGGAAUCAUCAGGUUUAUACCAGCUCACCAGUCAAGCAGGAUAAUCAUAAAGCUAAUGAGCAUGGUUCAGAAAUGUACGAAAUCAGUCCGUAUGCAACAUUCAGUGUUCCUGGAAGGGAGAAUCGUUCGGUAACAACAGCUACACUGGAUUACACAAUGCAAUUCAAGACAUUUGGUCAUUUAGAGAAUGAAGACAUCAAUACAAUCGAUUACGAACAAUCCAGUGUUGAUUUCGAAAGGUCUAAAACACCAAGAUGGCAUAAACAACGAUAUUUUCCGAGUAUCGCGGAGGCCGAGGGCAAGAUGAGAUCAAGCAGACCGGGAUCUGGGAGCGAUACAUCUGGAAGUCCUUGUGGGGAGUGCGCUGGACCUAGUUAUCGAAUACCUGUGAAACCUUGUCGAGAUGUAUUUUCACGUGGAGUUGAAUCGAGUACCGAAUCGAAUAACGAAGGUUCACCAUCGUUUGCUCGACGACGCAGUCGACAGCCGAGCCGGUCCUCUCGCAGUUCGGUGGAGGAUAUGACGCUGAUGCCACCGAGUGGUUUCAGUGACAGCCGUGAGUUGAGUGAAGCAGAGUGUGAUCGUGAUCGCGAUUGGCAGGGGCUUUCCAUAGCAACUCGACAUGGUGGUAGCCUUGGCAGAUUGCCAAUUGAGGCUGUUGAAACAAUGCUCGCUAGGUAUCAACAGCGAAAGGAACAAGAGCGACAGGAGUUUACGAUACAUGUAUGAUGGAGCUACAUAUGGCAAGAGUUUUGAGAUGAUCACGUAAUCUUCGCAGGACGAGGGAAGCCCAAAAUUGCCAAUUAAAUCGAAUUAAUUUUCAUUUACCAAAGUAUUACAAACCAAUGAACGUACAGAACAGCUCAAAUCAUCCAUUUGACGUUUGUCACGUUUUUUACAAUUAAAUCAUUAAAGAACAAUAUUAUUUCGUCUAAAAACUCAGUAAUUCGUCGAGUAAAUAGGUCUUCACCGCGAUUAUUUAAGUCAGUUGUACAUAUGUAUUGAGCGAGUUAAAUUAAUUGCUAAUAAAUUUCCAUGAUUUAAGCGAUUCAACUCACUGGUCAAUAAUGCAGUAAAUUUUUCACGUAGAGGACCGAAGAAUUGUCAAUGUGAUUGUUCAAUAAGUCCAUAGAUAGCUCAAAUGAUGAAAAAUAUAUAAUUGAAAACCCCAGGAUACGGUUAACGAUUUUAAAGAGACUCUUCGAGGGUAUAUGUUAUGUCGCCUCGCUGACAUUCUUCAUAGAUAUUCUAAUUUACACCCUAUACAAUGGAGAUAAUUAAAUUGAGAAACUGAUCAAGUCGAAAUCUUGUGAAACUUUGAGGAUAUCCAAGAAUCUUUUAUCCUGUGCUACGAUUCAAUUUGUCAAAUGUUCAAUUUGUUAAAUUGCGGAAGAAAAAUUUGAAAGAAAUUAUGAAUAUUCAACAUCAUUCGUGUUACACUUUACAUAUCAUUUUUUAAUUAUUCGUUGAUUAUAGAUAAAUAAUCGAAAUUAUUUGGACUUCAGGGAGGGCAUUUGUUGAGAGAAAAACUCAAUGUCUUUUAAAAUUCUGAAUAUUAAUAAAUUUUCUACGAUUUUCAUGACAGAGCAUUGUUCGUUGAUAAAUCAUUUGUAUAAAAUUUGGUUAUUUCGAAAAGUCACAAUUCUUCCAUUAUUUCAUAUGGAUGACCGUUAACAUUAUGUUUAACAAUAUUACCGACUUCAUUACUGAUUACUGAUGUUUUUGAAAAAUCAUAGGACUCUAGUUAAUCGGUAAUCAUUUAAUAAGUAACAAGUGCAGGAGAAUUUUACAUUAUAAAAUCAAUCAGUAAUACUAUUCAGAAAUUUUUCAGCUAUUCACUGCACGAGUAAUCGAGGUGAAACCGUUGAUUUGUGAUUACUAACUAACCAACUAUUGGCUGAACCUUAGCAAUGACGGUUACCCAUUAAUUGUUCAAUCAAUAAUGACUCAAUCCCAAUAUUUGAGUGUUUCAUGAUUCGAUCGUUGAUUUCAAUAAAUUAUCGGUUUAGUGUCGGCGAAAAACUUCAAUGAUGAUUACUGAUGAAUGGAGUAAUUGGCAAAAUUUCUGUAUCGAAAUUUAAUCUAAUGAGAAGUUUAAAAAUAUGGAUUGCGAUUAAUCAUUGACAGAAUAAAGGAAUCUAUAUCUGUGAAUAUCGAUUGAAUUAAUAAUGGAAAGUGGUCUUCUUUCGAUUACUCAUUGUUCAACAAGUCAUUUUUUUCAUAGUCAAUCGAUAAUUUCUAUGAUAGUCAAAUAAUAUUAAUAAACAAUUGAUGAUAUUACGACCUCCGUUAAUAAAUUAUUCUUUUUAUGUUUCUCUUACUCUCUUGAAACUGUUCUUGAUACCUUAAUAUUGAGGUUUAAAUUUUAACCCAAAACUUUUAAAGAAGAGAAAUAGAAAUUUUAAAUAAUCAUUGCAAAAUGCCCGGACAUUUAGGGUGAAGUAAUCUUCAACGAAAAGCUCUGGCGUUGAACCAGAAGAGUAAAUGAACAUUUCACUUAAUAAAAAUUGUUCGAAGUACUUGGAUAUCCUUAAAAUAAACUAUCUAACAAAAACUGCCACACACUUCUGGAGACUGCAAUAGAAUAUCAAUGUAAUUGAAAAAACGGAAUAAUUAACUAAAAAGAAUAAGCGGUAGGACUGAUCGUACGUAAAACGCCGCCAUCUCAUGAGCAUCUACUUAAUAACAAUUGUAAUUUAGUGAACUACUGAAUUUAAAUAACUGUUACGUGUUUCUACUAAACUGAAUGAAAAAUUAGGUCUAAUUAUACAACACGAUAAGCAUGAUUAUCAUGUGAUUAUCUGAAUUUACAAGUCUCAUCUUAAGAAUUGUCGUAACGGUGACGAAUCAAUGAAAUGUCAAAGAUGUUUUAAUUGCAAUUUUAAGGAGUUGAUUUGAUUGAUGCCUUUUAAAUACGUUUGAUAUGAAAAUUGUAGUUCAUGAGGAAUAUUUCUCGUUGUACAAAUUUUUAUUUAUUAAAAAUACUUUGU